UGUCCGAGGUCCGCGGCCGGGGAGUGGGCGCUGGACCUCAUCCGGGCCAGGCUGCUCCCUGCCGCCAGGCGCCCCGAGAUCGGCCCUUUCCCACGGGCACAGGCUGCCAGCUGGGAAGAGGGGGCGGAGGAGGGUUUGCUCCUGGGCGGUGGCAUCUGUGUCACCUCGCCUUCAGCCAGUUGCAGCAGCGUGGGCGUGGAACCUGCGCUCGGAGUUUGUGCUCGCGUCCCCGAGUGACCGCCGCCUCCGCUCAGACAGCCGGGUAGGGGUGUGCACACCUUCAGCAGGCCUUGGGGAAGAUGGCGGCCCCGGGGGACGGUCGGGAGCCCCCUCAUAUCCCAUCCCCUGUCAGUCUCGAGUCACCGGGGACACCUGGAGCCCACCACCAUGAGGCCCGGCGUCACCUCCACGGUCAUCAACACGGGUCUCCCAGCUGCAGCCCUGAGGUGCUCUCCCAGCCACCGCGGGAGGAGGAGCUGUCAGACCUGGAUCUCCAAGAUGUGGAGGAGGUCCAGAUCAGCCGAGACACCUGCUGGCCAGAUUCCGAGUCGGAGCCCGAGCAGUCUCCACCAUCUCCCCACCCACACGAUCCUGAAGAUGAGGAGGACCAGGACGGGGGCGUGCUGAGGACCCUGCUGAGGAGCCUUCCCCAUAGACCCAAGUGUGGGGACAGCUUUGGGCAGGAGUCCAGCUUGGAGCGGCCAGCAGGCCAGCCGCCAGGGGCCAUGCCCUGCUCCCAGAGGAGGGGCGCCUGGCGAAUGACGCUCAUGCCACAGGGAGCCUCUGGAACUGAGGGUGGCCCCGAGCGGGCCGCCGAGCUGGGGGGCAGCUUUGCCCCGGGUGCGGGCCUCGGGGCCCGGCAGGGCGGCCCGCGGGGCGGGAAGCCGCACCAGUGUGAGGCCUGCGGCAAGAGCUUCAAGUACAACUCGCUGCUGCUGAAGCACCAGCGCAUCCACACAGGCGAGAAGCCCUACGCCUGCCACGAGUGUGGCAAACGCUUCCGCGGCUGGUCGGGCUUCAUCCAGCAUCACCGCAUCCACACGGGCGAGAAGCCCUACGAGUGCGGCCAGUGCGGGCGCGCCUUCAGCCACAGCUCGCACUUCACGCAGCACCUGCGCAUCCACAACGGCGAGAAGCCCUACAAGUGCGGCGAGUGCGGCCAGGCCUUCAGCCAGAGCUCUAACCUGGUGCGGCACCAGCGGCUGCACACGGGCGAGAAGCCCUACGCCUGCAGCCAGUGCGGCAAGGCCUUCAUCUGGAGCUCCGUGCUCAUCGAGCACCAGCGCAUCCACACGGGCGAGAAGCCCUACGAGUGCCCCGACUGCGGCAAGGCCUUCCGUGGCCGCUCCCACUUCUUCCGGCAUCUGCGGACCCACACGGGCGAGAAGCCCUUCGCCUGCGGCGCCUGCAGCAAGGCCUUCGGCCAGAGCUCCCAGCUCAUCCAGCACCAGAGGGUCCACUACCGGGAGUAGUGGGCACAGGAGGCCGUUGCUGAGCUGGGAGGGGCGCUGGCGCAGCCGGGGAUUGAGGCGGGUUCUGGAGGCAGUGCUCUGCCUUCUCACCCUUCCUGGCUGGCGCUGCGUGCCGGUGUCCCCAAUAAAUCCUUUUUAAUUGAUGGAAA